UUUUGAUUGAAGAGGGUUGACUUCUCGCUGUAGAGGCUGACAGAAUACAAGUCAAAACAUGGUCAUGUUGCAGCGGUGCCUUUUUAAGAGAAUUCAGCAGUUUUAUUCAGGGAAUCAAGCAAGCACUAAAAGUCUGCUGUCUGGGUUCCCCACCGCGCUGCUUCAGGGACACAGACCUGCUGUCUGCAGGAACAUUUCAAGUCUUCCAGAUGUAAGGGAGCAGACUCUUGUAGCUGUAAAGCCAGAUGGAGUUCAACGUCGUCUUGUUGGGCAGAUCAUUCAGCGGUUUGAGCAGCGGGGCUUUAAGUUGGUGGGCCUCAAAAUGCUGCAGGUGUCCGAGGAUCUCCUGUCUCAGCACUACUGUCAAUUGAGGACUAAGCCCUUCUAUCCCACGCUGGUGCAUUACAUGACCUCAGGGCCUGUAGUUGUCAUGGUGUGGGAGGGCUACAAAGUAGUUGAAACAUCACGUAUGAUGGUGGGACAUACUAACCCAGCUGAGGCCCAGGCAGGCACAGUCAGAGGAGAUUUCAGCAUUCAUGUCAGCAGGAACGUGGUUCAUGCCAGUGAUUCACCAGAGGGGGCACAGAGGGAGAUCCAGCUGUGGUUUCAGGGAAAGGAGCUCCUGAACUGGGACUGCUGUUACCAGACCAGUACCUGUGAGGUGUGAAGAUGCUGAGAGUGGAACGCAGUGAGAAUCAGUAAUACUACCUCUUCUCCUGCUGCUCAAAGGUCUGUCUCUUGUGACAGUGUGACCGCAGUGAUUUAAAAAGAUGAGUCAUAUUCAGUGUUCUUACCAAGUAAUUUACCUCAGUAAGUGCUCUUAGAACCACAAAGAGUUUUGUGUGUUUUUUUAUACUCUAAGCUACAUUAGCAACUACACACAUAUAAAUGUAUAGCUGUCUCAUCUUUUCAUUGAACAGCCAUAAUAGGAGAGGUUUGCCUGAGGUCUCAGGAUGAGAUGUGUGUCGUAAUCAUUUGUCAUUCUGGCCCUUUCAGCAGAUAGAUACAGUAUUUUAUUAAACACAAAUGACCCAUGCAGAAAUUGUUAGUGGCUCAGAACCAGAUUUUCAGAUUAAAUAUUAUUUUUAUAAAGUAGGUAUAACAUCACCCAAUAAGUCCUUCUGAAUAAUAGGUAAAAUUUGACGUGCUUGUUUAUUUGAAACAUUGUCGCUUUCAUCAAAAUCAUAAUGAACACUAAUCUGAACAUGCUGUAACAAUGUAAGAACUGACUUUCACCCCCAGCAGCUGCUCUGCUGUGUGAUGAUACUGCAUAGCUCAAGUGAAUCUCAAGCUCAAGUUUUUCAUCAAAGAGAGAAAAAAAAAUCUGAAAUGUUUUCAAAAGAUUGAAAUCUUUUUUUUGGCAACAUAACAAAAAAACAUAUUUCUACAAAGCCUUGCUGAGAAGGAACAAUAAAAUACUCUGUAUGUCCUCAAAUAAUUUAUGUAAUUAUUCUACUUGACUAAUCGAGUAAAUGUGUUUACUUAAAUCAUUGAGCAAUUCUCUUACCUCUUUUUGAAACCACUGUGAGGCAGAAGAAAUUAAAUACGAGGGUGAACAGUUUCAAGGCAAGUUCAAAACCUUGUUAGGAACUGUCUGUAAUGGGAAUAGUUUUGCAUAGUUGAGCCUGAAUCAAAUAAUCACUCUUCAGAACAUCUGACCUCUGGUGAAUGUUAUUUAUAAAAUGUGCUGGUGCUGUCAGUGUGAAAAUCUACUGAAGCUACGUGCCGUGUGCUGCUCAGCUCCGUACAAUGAUAAUUUACCUGGUAUUGAACUCUGGAAUGAUUCAGAUUCAGUUUGUCUUCAUUGGCACUUGCUUUUUCAAUUCUUCUUACAGCUGUAAAAAUGAGAUGAGUCUGACUUGUGCACUCAGUAUCAAUUAUAAAACUACUUAUUAAGAAUUCUUCAAUUCAUUCUUGAAAUUGUUUGUCUUAAUUAUAUAACUUUGUCUAUGUCAGAAGAUGUAAAGAAGGGUUGCAGUGAACUCAUAGCUAUGAUACAAAAAUACACAUACUGUUUUAUUCAAGCCAGUACAGUGACAGCAAUGUAUCCCUUAUGUAUCUGUAUUGUACAUUAUGUCAUGAUAUCACAAGAUUUACAAUGAAAAACACAGAAUCAGAAAACAUUUUAGUCUCCACAGAACAGCAUAGAAGGAGUUGU